AAACAAAGUGUGAAAAUUGAAAGAGGCAGUGAAAAUUUUCCGUCAAUAUGAAGCCACAUGAGUGAGCGCGUGAAAGGUGUAGUGGGUACUGUACUGGAUUGCUAGCAGGGAUGAGCUGUGAAUAUAUGAAGGAGAGUAGUACUAAUGUCCCCACCACCCAUGUGCCCUUCUUCCUGUCUCCACCAGUUCCUGCUUCUCAAUCAUUAGUCCUCUGCCCUCCCCCCCCUGUAAUUCUACCUAGCACCUUCUUCCAUUGUUACAUCUCUUUUAUCCUUCCUAGCUAGUUUCUACUAUCCCUCAAUUCUCUUAGCACUAUUUUUACAUACUACUUGUUUUUACUUGGUUGGAAUUUGUUUAAUUUAGCUCUACUAGAAAGAGAAAUUGAAGAUCCUUUCUUGAUUUGUCAAGUAAUUUUUACAUAUUUGUUGUUUUUUUCUUUGUUGGGUUUUUUUGGCUUAAUUUAGCUCUGUUUCCCCACAUUAGAGAGCUUUUUCUGUUACUUGAAACUUCAACUGAAGCUCUUUUCUUGAUUUGUCAAGUAAUUUUUACAUAUUUGUUUUUGUUUUUGUUGGGGUUUGCUCAAUUCAGCUAUAAAUCCCACAUUAGUCCUCCACUACUACUCUAUUUGGACUUGAUUUUCAUAUAUUUGUUGCUUUUUCAUUGUUGGGUUUUGCUCAAUUCAGCUCUGUUUGGUGAUAAAUCCCAUCAAUCCUUCUCCACCACUAUUUUUGUUACUUCUUCAUUGUUAAGGGAUAUAUACAAGUUGGUAUUCUUGAACUAGUGUUUGGUGCUUCUAUGUCGACGUCUGCAGAAGGAAACGGAGCUAUAAUUGAUCCUCAGAGGCAACAACUACAGCCUUCUGGGGUUGGUACAAAUGGUGCUUUAACAGUGAAAAAACCGCCAGUAAAAGAUCGUCAUAGCAAGGUUGAUGGUAGAGGAAGACGUAUAAGGAUGCCAAUUGUAUGUGCUGCUAGAGUUUUUCAGCUUACUCGUGAACUGGGUCACAAAUCCGAUGGACAAACUAUCGAAUGGCUUCUUCGUCAAGCUGAACCUUCCAUUAUAGCCGCAACUGGUACUGGUACUAUUCCUGCUAGCUUCUCUUCUGUAUCUGUAUCUGUACGGAACUCAACCUCAUCUCUUGGUUCAUCACUUUCGGCUCCACUUGAUCAGAAAUCGUCGUCACAGCAGUUGAUUUCACCGGCGCCGUUUAUCCUCGGGAAACGCCUCCGGUCAGAUGACGAAAAUCUUGAGAAUGGGAAUAAGGAUGAUGUGGCUGUGGCUGCCGGAGCUACUGCUGUGGGUCAUACAGCAGGAUUCUGGGCUGUUCCAGCUAGACCAGAUUUUGGUCAAAUUUGGAGCUUUGCGGCGGCGGGGCCGCCACCGGAAAUGAUGGUGCCAACAUCAGCGGCCGCAGCAGCUGCGGCUGCUGCGGCGUUAAGUUCACAGAGUUCUAGAUUCUUUCAGCAGCAGAUGGGAGAGGCUUCAGCUGCUAGAGUUGGGAAUUAUUUACCAAUGACUCAAGGACAUCUCAAUUUGCUAGCUUCUCUAUCAGGUCCUCCACAGCCUUCUUCUGGGAGAAGAGAUGACGACGGACGCUGAAGAUAUGAAUAGUAUUAUCAUUAUUGUUGUUAUUGUUGUUGUUGUUGUUGUUGUUAAUAUAUCGUAUAAAUGUGUCUUAAUGUUCUUGUUGUGUUAGAUGAGAAAUUUUGUUGUUAGGUUCCAGUGAGUGAGAAAUGAACUAGGGGUUUGUUCAAUUUCAUGAAUUAUUGCUUAGGAUUAGAUUUGUUUGCUUUAAUCUUAUUUGUCAGAGGUUACAUUCACCAAGUUUUGGUGUUGUAAGCUGUGGGACGAUAACAUGAAACACAAGCAUUAGCGGAGUUGCUGCUUGUGAUGAAUUUGGUGGGGUUUCUUUUGUUGGUUGAGCAGACCUCAUAAUAAGCUGCUUUGAUCACUUUGUAACAAGAGAUAAUAGGGAUCAAUGUGGACUACGAAAACCUGUAGUUCCACAUGAAUGUUUUGUAAGGAAACCACGGAGGUUUCCAUUGAAUUCAAUUAUGUAAUUUGUUGAGACUA